AUGGGUCGCCCGGAACUGGAAGCAGCCAGCUUCUCUGUGGUCAAGCUGGGCUGCCUAGUGGUCAUUAUCAGCUGUGGCCUUCCCUUUUGGCGUGUGAUGAAAUUUUCUGAAGAGACCAGCCUUUGGGAGGGCCUGUGGAAUUUGUGUGAGGCUAACGGACUCAAGAGAGUGAAGUGCAUGCGGUACAAUUUACACCUGGUAGUGCCACAGGACCUGCAGGUGUCUCGAGUUCUGGUGGUCAUCUGCAUCAUCAUCACCUGGCUGGGUCUGCUGCUAUACAACAUCGGGAAUAAAUGCAAGUUAUGUGUGUCAAAUGUGAAUGAUGCAAAAAAGAUCAAGAUGGCGGCAAGUGUGUUGUUCCUGGGGGCUGGUCUGCUGCUGCUGGUGCCUCUGUCCUGGGUUACACACAGUGUCAUCCCUGGCAUGGCCAACACUGAAAUGGUUGCCCUAUGGAAACCAGAGAUGGGAAUCUCACUCUACCUGGGCUGGUUCAGCUCCCUGCUGCUUCUGCUGGGAGGGGCCCUUCUGGGAGGGCCCCUGCUCUGA